CGUGAAGCUUUUGCUCUGUUUCGGAGGAUGCAGGUCGCCGGCGGGGCGCCCGACUCGGUUUCCAUUCUUAACUUGCUUCCUGCUAUUUGUGAAUACUCUGCUCUUCUCUUGUGCAGGGAAGUUCACGGUCUCGUUAUUAGGAGAUGCCUUCUCGCUGUUGUUGCUAAUGGGUUGGUCGAUACUUACUGCAAAUGCGGAAGCACUGUCGUUGCCCGCAAGGUCUUUGAUAGAUUGGCCGGUAGCAGGGAUGGCGUCUCUUGGGGAACCAUGAUUGCCGGUUACGUGUACAACAGCCGGUACAGAGAUGCCUUGGAGCUUUUUCAGGAGUCCAGAAGAUUGAAUGUAAAGUUGAACCGAGUGUCGGUGGUGAGCGCACUCUCUGCUGCCGCAGAAACUGCAGAUUUGGACAUGGGGAUGAGCAUCCACAGUUAUGCGGUUGAGGAAGGAGUGUACUUCGAUGUUGCAGUCAAAACAGCUCUCGUGACUAUGUAUGCAAAGUGCGGAGAGAUGGAGAAAGCAGAAUUGCUCUUUGACGGGAUACAAAAAAGAGAUAUUAUUGCUUGGUCCGCGAUGGUAUCGGCAUUCGUCCAAACGGGCUGCCCCAGGAAGGCAAUAUCUCUUUUCCAAGAGAUGCAAAUGGAUGGAAUUAGACCCAAUAGGGUCACACUAGUUAGUGUUCUCCCAGCUUGUGCAGACUUGCCAGAUUUGAACCUCGGCAAAAGCAUACAUUGCUUUGCCUUGAAAUCCAAACCGGACAGAGUCUUGGAUGUGUCGUUGGGGACCGCGUUGGUAGCAAUGUAUGCCAAAUGUGGGUCUUUUCGGUCGGCACGUACUCUCUUUGAUGGUUUAUUGCAUAAAGAUGUUGUGACUUGGAAUGCCUUAAUUAAUGGUUAUGCGCAGGCCGGGGAAGCAGAAAAGGCAUUGCAAGUGUUUCAUCAGUUGCAAUCGAUUGGACAGCACCCAGAUUCUUGUACAAUGGUCGGUGUUCUUCCAGCUUGUGCUCUCUUAAAUGCCAUUAGGGAAGGUGCUUGCAUGCACGGAAUGGUUAUAAAGUAUGGGUUUGAGUCUGACCUUCAUGUGAAAAAUGCAACCAUAGACAUGUAUGCUAAGUGUGGCGACCUUCCAUCAUCUGAGACUUUGUUCUUAGAGACCAAGUUUUAUGAAGAUGUAAUUUCAUGGAACACCAUGAUAGCGGGAUACAUGCACAAUGGUCAGGCAAGCGAAGCAAUCGCAACUUUUCACCAGAUGACAAGCGAGAAUAUUGAACCCAACUUGGUUUCUGUUGUAAGUGUACUUCCUGCAACUGGAUACUUGGCUGCUCUAAAAGAAGGUUUGGCUCUUCACUCCUAUGUUAUCAGGUUGGGGUUUGAGUCUCAUGUACCUGUUGGUAACUGUUUAAUUGAUAUGUACUCUAAAUGCGGAAAGCUCGAUUAUGCCUGCAACUUCUUCAAUCAAAUGAUGUACAAAGAUAUAGUGUCUUGGAAUGUGAUGCUUGCUGGCUAUGCCUUGCAUGGAGAGGCGGAGAGUGCGAUCUCGUUGUUUUCACAGGUCAGAGAUAGUGGCAUAGAGGUUGAUGCAUUGACCUAUCUUGGAGCCUUAUCAGCUUGCAGGCAUGCAGGGUCAGUUACAGAAGGGAAGAAGAUAUUCGAAUCUAUGAGAAACAAUCACAGAUUGGAGCCUCACCUUGAACACUAUGCUUGCAUGGUUGAUUUGCUGGGCCGGGCUGGUCAAUUGGAUGAUGCUUUGAGCUUGAUCUAUACAAUGCCGUUGGCUCCAGAUGCUGCUGUUUGGGGAGCUCUAUUGGGUGCUUGUAAGAUGCAUUCAAACAUAAGAAUGGGAGAAAUUGCACUUGAGAACUUAAGUAGAUUGGAACCUGGGAAUGCUGCUCAGUAUGUGGUUCUCUCAAACAUAUAUGCUCAUGUUGGUAGGUGGACUGAUGCUCGAAAGUUGAGAGCAGCAAUGAGUCUGACCGGGCUGAACAAGACUCCUGGGUGCAGUUGGGUUGAGAUUAAGAACGCUUAUCAUGCAUUCAUAGUUGGUGAUCAGUCCCACCCACAAUAUGAGAGUAUGCGUAAUUUAUGGAAUGAUUUGCAAGCUGAGAUGGAGAAGAUGGGCCAUGUUCCAGACACAACUUCGGUGCUACAGAAUGUGGAGGAAGAGGAGAAAGAAUUUUUCCUCGAUACACAUAGCGAGAGGCUGGCAAUAUCAUUUGCGCUGUUAAAUACAGAAGCAGGGACAGAAAUACAAAUUAUAAAGAACUUGCGUGUUUGUGGGGACUGCCACACAGUAACAAAGCUGGUCUCCAGGAUCACAAACCGCAGGAUAAUCGUCAGAGAUUCUUCGCGUUUUCAUCAUUUUGAGAAUGGCAUAUGCUCGUGCAGGGAUUUUUGGUAAUUCCUACUUGAGAAUUGACAUGCUAGUUUAAGUCCCAGAGGAAGUCAUGGCAUGACAUAUUACAGAAGGAAGCGAACGAGUGCAACUAUCCUUCAAGGGUUGUUCUCACCGUGGAAAAUAAACAGAUGGAUAAAUUGGGUAGCUGAGUCACAUGCAAAAGAUGUGCAAGAAGCACGGCAAAUAGUAAUCUUCUAAUGGCAUAAUGAUGCUUAUCGCAUCGCAUGCACACCUUGUUCUGCUGAAUGAAGGCACAGGUUCAACCUGUCUCCACGUUCAAGCACUCCAUUUUAUUUGAUAAACUGCAGAUUAAGGCUUUCAGGUUUAAAGAGAAGAGAGUAGUAUUCACCAUGCAUUAAGCCAUGAAAUAGAGGUCAUUCAAGGUGUAUGCUCAACAUGUCAGGUUGAAAGAGAAGAGAGUAGUAUUCACCAUGCAUUAAACCAUGAAAUAGAUCAUUCAAGGUGUAUGCUCAACAUGAAGCAGCCGAGCUCUAGCCCUUCUGGAGAGAACAACUUAGAGAGAAGCCUUCAUGUAAUUCUCAUGCUAAUUAUUAAACAUUGUAUGCUACGAGCAAUUUAUAAACAAGCAGAAAUUCUCAAUGCGUAAA